AUGAGACGCGCGACGCCUAGACACAUCGGCUUUGUUUGCGACUCUUGUGCCUUCACUCAGUCACAAGCGUCCAAACAACCCAUUGGCGUGCGAUGGUCCGCCCGAUGCGCUGGUGUUUCGAGGCAGCUGGGGCGGACGACAUCCGCGCCGCGAUGGUCAUCGACAGCGGCAAGUAAUGUCACAGGAGACCACGCCCAGUCUUCAUACGUGAGACGGACCCAACCCUCCAAGGCACCGGCGCACAUCACCGACCCUGCGGCCCUCGCCCAGGUAGCUGAGGACAGCAAAAAAAAGUUCUUCUCUGUCGAUGGCAUCCCGGCUGUCCAGUUGACCAAUGCCGCUCUCGAAUCAUGCCUCCGCGCCGCAUCCGCCCUCCAUCCUCAGCUGAAGCGGGCAGAAGCGCAGUCUAAAGCUUCUGCAUCAAAACUGGUUGCUCUGGGCGCCGAGCGAACUGGCGCAAGGAUACCAGUCGAAGCCAAGAUCCAAGAAGCAGUCAACAGAAUAUCAUACUCAGCAUAUACCAUCAUCACACACCCCAACGUCGAGAUGACCCCUGAAUUUCUCGAGACCUAUGUCCAGAUCCAAUCGCAGCUGGGCCGUCCCGAGUCUCUCCCAUCCGUGCUGGAACUCUAUGCUUCCAAGCCCAAGCCCGUGGUGAAAGACGGCCAGAUUCAAUACGUCCAGCCGAACCCCAAUGCCGCAUCACGAGCUAUUGAGGAAGGGGUCGCCGCCACGGCUCUUCAGACAGCCAUUGACGCCAAAAACCUAGAUGCCUCGCUAGGUAUCAUCGAAGCAGCAUACACCGUCCCAGCAUUCAAACGCCAGAAAUUAAUACGCCACGGCACCGCCCCGGCAAUUGGUCUUGUCACCUUACCCUUUGGUAUAUUCGGCCUGUCGACCGCCUACGCAGCCUACUGGCAAAACACUAUGGACAUUAGUACCGCCACUGGAAUUGGUGUCGCUGGUAUCUCGGGUUAUUUCUUCGUUGUAGGAUCGCUGGGUGUCAUUGCCAAACUCAGCAACAAGGACCAAAUGAAACGAGUUACAUGGGCUCCCGGGACACCACUACGAUACAGGUGGCUACGAGAAGAUGAACGCGCUGCCCUGGACAAGGUCGCCUGUGCAUGGGGUUUCCAAGAGCCCUGGAGACACGGUGAGGAGACGGGGCCAGAGUGGGAGGGAUUGAAAGAGUACAUGGGCUAUAGACAGAUGCUUCUCGAUCGUGUAGAGUUCAUGGAGGGCAUGAGCUAA